UGGAAGGCCUUGGGGGCUCGCUCUUUCAGCGAGAGUAUACCCUCGGCGGUCGCGUGCGGUGGGGACGACGGCAGGGUUCAUCUGCGAUGGUACGCUUGUGAGGUAGACUGGAGAGCUUGAGCUUGCAUUCAGGCCUUGAGAUGCUCUCUUGGCUUAGGUGUGGGCUGGGUGUGAGCCCCUUGGUAUGGUGGGGGCUUGGGCGCAUAACAUUCGGUGCGGCUGGAACGUCUUUCGAUGCAUUGCGUGGAUUGCACGGAAGGCGGAUGCAUUUGCCGGAGUUGUCUACGGGGCUGCUGCGUUCGACCAUGUACAUUUGGUGGACGACGGCGAUGGAGAGUCUCCGCUUCGGGGUGUACAGUAUGUAGAUCUAGCUAUAUAGAUUC